GCUGGUUACCUCCCUCCCUCCCUCCUCUCUCAGUUUGCUUUAACACUCCUAACUGGAAACUCAGGCCGUGCUCCGCUCUCCACCUCGGCUAAACAUUUUGUGCACCUCCUCGUGUCCUCAGAAACAGUGAACGCCCACAGCGGCUGUUAGCGUUCCGCCAGCACACACAGGCAGUCCCAGGCCGUGCGCCGCACUGCAGCAGGCGUGCGUGACCGGAAGCGCGCAUCACCCGGUGGCUGAGUGGCAGAACAUUGGUGCAGGAAGGUCGCAGCGCCGCUUGUCGAGAGUCGCGUGGCGGAGUGCGCGCCUGACUGGCUUCGAGGGACGCCCGCGGCGUGAGCAGCAGGCCCGGCGUGACAUGGGCCGCCGCGCACACGUGGCGGCACGCUAGCCCUGUCGCGGCGGCAGGCGAUGUCCUUGCAGGACGCCGCCGGCUGCCACCACUGCCACAUCCACGCGCCCAUCCCCGCUGAGGAGCUCAAGCGCACUCAUCCCCUGCGCAGCGGCAGCCCUGGGGGCGUGCGGGGCGGCCUGUCCAGCAGCUUCAGGAAGAAUGUGUCCUUCCUGUACCGCAAGUUCCACGGGGUGUCGCUGGUCACCCCGCCCGCCGCCCCCGCCCCCGCCUCCGCCGCCACCCCAGGGUGCCAGCCCCUGCGUUCAUCGCCGCCCCGCUCCCAUGGCAGCUCCUUACCCCACUCCCUGCCCCGCUCCACGCCCUGCUCCUCGCCGCGCUCCACGCCCCACUCCUCCUCCCGCUCCUCGCCGCUGCCCGUCACGGACCUGCGUCCAGCCCUGGUGAUCGACUCCCAGCCCCAGGGCCCGCCCUCCCUGGCCCGCAGGCCCCUGCCGCCCCUGCCGCCCCUGCCUAAAGAGAAGCCCAAGAAGCGCGGGUGUGGCGGCCUGCAGGUGGUGCUGAUGGUUGGGGCGUACGCCCUCGUGCUGGUGCUAGUGGUGGUGGUGGGCGUGGUGCUCACCCAGGAGAUACGCAGGCCACCCGGCCCGCGCCCUGUGGCCCUGCGCCCUCGCCCGCGCCCUCAAGAUCUCGACUAUGUGGACAUCGAGCCUAACCCCCUGUCAGGACCUCCCCCAUCCGGCCCACCCCCACCCCAGCGCGCCCCGCCCCCACCACGCCCCGCCCCAUCUCGCCCUGCCCCACCCCCAGUGAGGCGCCCGUCCUUCUCCAACGUGGACACUGACUUCAGCCUGACGCAGGGCGCGGACGAUUUCCGUGGCCAGAAGGAGCCCGAGAUCCGCAUCCUUAAGUCCUGGAACAACCAGAACCCUGACGGCACGCUGUCCUGGGGCUACAUCGGCAGCGACGGCAGCUUCAAGAACGAGACCCGCGGCCACGACUGUGUGGUGCGCGGCGUGUACGGCUACGUGGAGCAGGAGACCGGCAAGCUGCUCUCCUUCCCCUACGUCUCCGGCAACCCGUGCGACCCAAACGAGCCGGAUUACUACGACGACUACUACGAUGUGGCCAUCGACGACUUCGGCGGCAACCGUGGCCGCGGCUAAACUGCCCCCAUGACCCCCCCCCACAGCCCCAUUGCACACCCCCCUAUCCCCUCCCGUCCCUCAGAGCGUGUGAUGUUUUGUAAAGGUUCUUAAACACUUCUUGGUCUUUUCUACACCUACCCCUCUAACGCCCACACCUCCUCCUCCUCCUCCUCCUCCUCCUCCUCCUCCUCCUCCUCCUCCUCCUCCUCCUCCUCCUCCUCCUUCUCCCAUCAAGACAGUUAUCUCUGUACAUUUGUAUUUAUCAAAUGUGUAUUAUGCAAAGUAAAUCUGUAUUAUUUUCACUAUCUCUUUCUGUGCCCCCCUGCUCCUGCACCUCCAGUACCUCCUCCCCUGCCUGCCUGCCUGCCUGCCUGCCUGCCUGCCUGCCUCCCAUCACCGUCACCACCACCACAACACGUGCAGUCUCGUACCGCCACACACCCGACACACACCAAUACCUGAAAAAUGGACAUAUGGACAAAACAUUGAAGUCUCCCCAUAAGAAACGUAAUUUCCUCCAUUUUCUUUCAUGAUUCUCAGCCCCAAAAAUGAAGGCUUAGAAAAUGUGUAUCUUUGAACUUUAUUACUUUAUUUUCAUUUUUUUCUGUGUAUUGUGGUACAGAAAUGCCUUUUUAAUUAGUGUCCAUUUUUUUUUCUGUAUUUUUACCUGAACAUUCUUUGGUCUGUUUAUUGAAAUUCAACUUAUUAUUUUGGCGUGUAAAUAAAUAAAAUAGUGCUAAUAAACGAAGACCAAACGUGAA